AGCUAGGGGAGGCCUACUGAGUCUUAAAGCAUCACUAAACUCCAGGAGUAGAGCUGUGGAUUCGCUAUGUGAGGAGUAUGAACUUGGUUUACACAACCUCUGCCUUCUCCAAAUUUUAUAAACAGUCCAUUGUUUCCGAUGUCAGUAACAACAACAAUGGAGGCCUUCUUAUUCAUUUUUGGAUCGUAUUUGUGGUACCUCAGGCUAAAGGCCAAGUGUUCUGCGAGGACUGUGUGGCUGCCAUUUUAAAGGACUCUGUUCAGACAAGUAUCAUCAACCGGACCUCAGUGGGAAGCCUUCAAGGGCUUGCAGUCGACAUGGACUCCAUUGUAUUGAGUGCUGGGCUUCGAUCAGAUUAUUCUUCAACAACUGGAACAGGAACAAAUUGCAUAUAUGAUCUAUAUGCAGAUCGUCUGCAUCGGCACUUUCCACUAGACAUCACUGCUACCUCAGGGAGAAUUAUUUGUUAUUUCAAAUUGAUUGCAUUAGUGGGCCAUCUAAUUCGUCUCUCUAUAGCAUCUAUUCACAUUGAAGCAGAUAACUGCAUCACUGACUCACUGACCAUUUAUGACUCCUUGAUGCCAAUCAAAAGUAAGAUACUCUACCGAAUUUGUGAACCAACCAUCUCAUUAAUGUCAUUUGUUUCCACAAAUAACCUGAUGCUGGUAACGUUUAAGUCAACAAAAAUACAGCAACUGAAAGAAGUUCACGGGUACUUUGAGGUCAUUACACAAGAAAAAUGUGGAAAAACAAUAUUGACAAAAGAGAAAACUGGCUUUGAGGGGCGAAUUGUGAGUCCAUAUUAUCCAAGCUACUAUCCUCCAAAAUGCAUUUGUACGUGGAAUUUUCAGACUCCUCAAAAGAGCCUGGGUAUAGCACUGAAGUUUCAUAACUACACUAUCAGUGAGAAGAGCAUCAAGGCCUGUGAGUGGGGAUGGUGGAGAAUUAAUGAACACAUGUACUGUGGCUACUACAUUGAUCACCAAACAGUUUUCCAUGUUGCAAGCUCUGUAGUUAAUGUUGAGCUUCAGUGUAGUUCCAAGUUUUCAGAGCAGCCGCUUCUGGUGGAAUAUGGGAGCUACAACACCAGCCAACCAUGUCUAGCUGAGUACUUCAAAUGUUCCACUGGCUUAUGCAUUGAGCAGGCUCAGCGCUGUGAUGGGGUAAAUGACUGCUUUGAUGAAAGCGAUGAACUCUUUUGUGCUGUGCCCAAAGAGAGUUGUAAUGCCAGCUUCUUGAUGCAGUAUACUUCACUUGCCUGCAAUGGAAUACAUGACUGUGAGGAUGGCAGAGAUGAGCAGAACUGCACCAAAAGUAUUCCUUGCAGCAACCAAACUUUCAAGUGCAGAGAUAAUAUUUGCAUUAGAAAGCAAAAUGCAAAGUGUGAUGGAACAGCAGACUGUCUUGAUGGAAGUGAUGAAAGCAACUGCAGCUGCGGCAGUAGUAAAAUCAGUGAUAUCUACCAUCGAAUCAUAGGAGGCUCUGAUGCACUAGAAGGUGAAUGGCCCUGGCAAGUCAGCCUCCAUUUUGUUGGAGUUGCUUAUUGUGGGGCAUCGGUGAUCUCUAGGGAGUGGCUUCUAUCGGCAGCUCAUUGUUUUCAAGGAAACAGGCUAUCCGAUCCUCGAACCUGGACUGCACACUUAGGCAUGCACACUCAAGGGAACGCCAAGUUUGUGUCUGCGGUGAGAAGAAUCAUUGUUCACGAAUACUAUAACAGCAGAAACUAUGACUAUGAUGUUGCACUGCUACAGCUAAGCCUGCCAUGGCCUGACACAAUGAAACACGUUAUUCAACCGAUCUGCAUACCUCCACUUUCACAUAAAACACACAGUGGCGAGAAGUGCUGGAUAACAGGCUGGGGUCAAAGGCAAGAAGCAAAUGACCAGGGUUCAGCAAUUCUGCAGAAAGCUGAGGUAGAAAUUGUUGACCAAACAUUGUGUCAUUCCACAUAUGGGAUUAUCACAGCCCGGAUGCUAUGUGCGGGGGUGAUGUCUGGGACAAAAGAUGGCUGCAAAGGUGAUUCUGGGGGACCCCUGUCAUGUCGAAGCAACAGCGAUGGAAAAUGGUUUUUGACUGGCAUUGUUAGCUGGGGUUAUGGCUGUGGAAGACCAAAUUUCCCUGGUGUAUACACAAGGGUGUCAAAGUUUUCUCCGUGGAUUCACAAAUAUGUGCCUUUGGUUUUGUAAUCUGGAAAUGGUCAAAUGGCAACAAAGUAUAUUGUAUUUGGA